AUGAAGGUUAUCAGCAAAGAAGAGGAGCAGGCCCACUACAGUGAGGUCCUCAAGGGCGGCUUCAUGGGCGGCUCCGUCGGCCUCGGCCUGGGCUUGGCCGGCGUUCUCGCCGCCUCGCGCCGCUACGCAGCCUUCCGCAGCCUGACCCUUCCCUUCCGGACAUUCCUAGUCUCGUCAGUUGCCACUUUCGGCGCCAUCACCACGGCCGAGCGCUACUCCAUCUCUUUUCAAAAGGCCAAGGAUCCCAUGAACUUCUACAAGGAUGAGACCCAGCGCAUGAUCGAAGCCGCCAAGCAGUCCAGCGGCGACAAGCAGAAGCUCAUGGACUGGGGCCGGGAGAACCGCUACUCUAUCGUCUUCGCCUCCUGGAUUGCCGCCAUGGCGCUCGCGCUGACCAUCGUGGGCCGUGACAAGUACCUGAGCACCUCCCAGAAGCUCGUCCAGGCCCGUGUCUACGCCCAGGGUCUCACGCUGGCCGUCUUGAUCGCUACCGCGGCCUUCGAGACGAGUGACGCCAAGGCGGGCAAGGGCCGGUGGGAGACAAUCAUGGUGGUUGACCCCAACGACCCCAAGCACGAGCACCUGAUCGAGAAGAAGAUCCAUAAGGAGGAGUAUGAGGGUCAGGACCUCUGGAAGGACAUGGUCGCCGCUGAAGAGCGCCGCCUGCAGCAGAAGAAGGAAAAGGUCGCGCCCCGGGAGGAGCCAGCCCCCAAGGCCGCUGAGCCUGCACCCUCAAGCGCUGCCAACUGA